GUUUGUUCUCACCCCGGGCAUGGAUCCAACAUCGCAGCUGCGAGCGUUGGCCGUCGCUCGCGGAUUGCAGUGGCAGACGAUUUCAUUGGGUCAAGGCCAAGAGCCGAAAGCGACGAAGAUGAUGAUCGACGGUGCCGAGAAGGGCUUCUGGGUUCUGCUGGCGAAUUGCCACCUUUGCGUUCAUUGGCUGCCAAAGUUGGAGAAGCUGAUCGAGAAGACCUUCGACGAUGGCCCUCACGAGAAGUUCCGCAUCUUCUUGUCAUCGUCGCCGACUCCCAAGUUCCCGAUCCAGCUCCUCCAGAACUGCAUCAAGAUGACCACGGAGCCGCCAAAGGGUUUGAAGGCAAACCUCGUGCGGCUGCUUCAGAACACCGCUGAGGAAAGCUACAACCGGGUCAAAGAGGUGCAGAAGUAUCGCCGGCUCUUCUUCUCUCUUUGUUGGUUCCAUGCGAUUCUGCUGGAGCGCAAGAAGUUCAAGAUGCUGGGAUGGAACAUCGGCUACGAUUUCAACGACUCGGACUUCGACAUCUGCGAAAACAUUCUGGCGAUGUACCUGGACGAGAAUCCGAACGAGAUUCCAUGGGACGCCAUCCGUUACCUCAUCGCCGAGGCCAACUACGGUGGUCGCGUGACGGAGCAUCCGGACAACCGCAUCCUCAG